ACUUUUUCAAAGUUAUUUUAUCUAACUUCAUUUUUAAGAAAAAAAUUUAACAUAAAAGUUUGAUUUGUCUAAAGAUAUGUCUACAAAUAUUUAAAUAACCAAUUAUGUUCAGAUAAAAAAUAUUUGAAUUAACACUGCUAAACUAUUUUCUUCGCGGCAGGAUACUAGUUCUGUCACUGUAUGAGGUGGGAUCUCUAAUACUGAAGCUUGUAUCACUCCGUCACUCAGGGGGUAAUGUCACGUAGCGAGGUAGAGCUACAUGUAUGUUUUUAAUGUUUCCCUAUCUGUCAUGGAUUACUCUCAAAAUUAUUUUAAUAUGUGUCCAAAGUGUUACUAUAUGAGGAUCAUUUAAAGUGUUGGAAGGCAGAGCAUGGCUAACCAACCUAGCAGGCGAAACGGAGCAAUGAAAAUUCGCUUAACAAUUUUAUGUGCUAAAAAUCUUGCAAAGAAAGACCUGUUUAGAUUGCCAGAUCCCUUCUGUAAAGUUAGCGUUGAUGGAUCAGGCCAGUGCCAUUCAACAGACACAUGUAAAAAUACCCUUGAUCCAAAAUGGAAUCAACAUUAUGAUUUAUACAUAGGAAACAAUGAUUCUAUAACAAUAAGUAUAUGGAAUCACAAAAAAAUUCAUAAAAAGCAAGGUGCUGGCUUUCUUGGUUGCGUACGCAUAAUGACAAAAGCUAUUCAGAGGCUGAAAGAUACUGGAUAUCAAAGGCUAGAUUUAUCCAGAGGACAUGCAGAUGAUCCUGAACCUGUAAAAGGUCAAAUUGUAAUUAGUCUUCUUUCACAAGAUGGUCAUGGCUCAGGAAAUGUAAAUGUAGUUGUAGACAGAUUAGGGAAUUUGGCUCUUAAUCCUGAUGAGCUGCCAGAAGGUUGGGAAGAAAGAAGAACUGCAUCUGGACGGGUGUAUUAUGUCAAUCAUUUUACUAGGUCCACACAGUGGGAGAAACCAACAAGGACAGCAUAUGAAAUUGAGCAAGCCAAUGGGCACAGCAACAACAACAAUAACAAUAAUAAUCGUGCUAAUACUAGCCAAGUGUGCAACAAUGCUACAAGCAACACUUCAUCUUCUAAUACGAACUCUAAUUCCAAUAUGAACUUUAAUAAUCUAAAUUCAAGUAAUUCUGAAAAUAAUUCAAGUAGCACAAGUAAUGGUGUUAGCUGUGGAAGUGUGCACUCAAGAAGAAGAUCGACUAGGCACAGAAAUUAUUUGUCUAGGAACCAUCUUCAUCAGGCAGUGGAACUUCCUGAUGGCUAUGAAAUUAGAACAACACAGCAAGGACAAGUGUAUUUUUAUCAUGUUUCUACUGGAGUCAGUACAUGGCAUGAUCCAAGAGUUCCUAGAGAUUUAGCGGGCAUCAAUGUAGGUGAUUUAGGCCCACUUCCAAAUGGCUGGGAGAUGAGGCACACUGCCAAUGGACGUGUUUAUUAUGUUGACCAUAACAAUCGAACUACCCAGUUUACUGAUCCCCGGUUGUCCAGUAGUUUAGCCGUACAAAAUAUGCUCAAUACAAGGAGAAACAGCAGUAUUGAAGACAAUACAAACAUUCUAAAUGGCAGAGUUCCUGAUUCAUCUCAAGCUGUUUCAUCAGUCAAUCACACACCUAGUGCCAUUACUCCCAGCAAUUCCGCUCCACCUUUGCCUCCACUGCCACCUACAAUCAACCCUGCAGUCCCUCUUGAAAUAUCAGACACACCAUAUUCAAAACAAAGGCGAGAUCUGGUCCAAAAACUGGCAGCUUUGCGGCAAGAACUACAUGCAUUACAGCCUCAAUCAGGUCAUUGCAGACUUGAAGUAUCAAGGGAAGAUAUAUUUGAGGAAUCUUAUAGAUUAAUAAUGAAAAUGAGGCCAAAAGAUCUGAGAAAGAGACUUAUGGUAAAAUUCAGAUCAGAAGAAGGCCUAGAUUAUGGUGGAGUAGCAAGGGAAUGGCUAUAUUUAUUGUCUCAUGAAAUGCUCAAUCCCUAUUAUGGUUUAUUUCAAUAUACAAGAGAUGAUAUCUAUACGCUGCAAAUUAAUCAUGAUUCUUCAGUCAAUCCGGAACACUUGUCAUAUUUUCACUUUGUUGGUCGAGUAAUAGGCUUAGCUGUAUUUCAUGGGCAUUAUAUUGAUGGUGGAUUUACAUUACCUUUUUAUAAAAUGCUAUUGAAUAAACCAAUCACACUAGAUGAUAUAGAGGCUGUUGAUCCUGAAUUACAGAGAAGUUUGAAGUGGAUGUUGGAAAACAAUAUAACUUCUGUUAUAGACACGUCAUUCUCUGUAGAACAUGAUGCAUUUGGUCAAAUUCAGGUACAUGAAUUGAAGCCGAAUGGUCGAGAGAUUCCUGUUACUGAUGAAAAUAAAAGAGAAUAUGUUAGGUUGUAUGUAAAUUACAGAUUUAUGAGAGGAAUAGAGCAGCAGUUCUUAGCCUUACAAAAAGGUUUUAAUGAAUUAAUACCUCAACAUUUAUUAAAAUCUUUUGAUGAGAAAGAACUUGAGCUUGUCAUCGGCGGUCUUGGAAAAAUUGAUCUUGAAGACUGGAAAAUGAAUACCCGCUUAAAGCAUUGUAAUCCAGAUACGAAUAUAGUUAAAUGGUUUUGGAAAGCUGUUGACAGUUACAGUGAAGAACAAAGGGCUCGGCUUCUACAGUUUGUUACUGGUAGUUCCCGAGUACCUUUACAGGGUUUCAAAGCUUUACAAGGGUCAACUGGUGCUGCUGGGCCACGAUUGUUCACCAUUCAUUUGAUUGAUGCCAGUACAGAUAACCUUCCUAAAGCUCACACGUGUUUUAAUCGUAUUGAUAUCCCUCCAUAUGAAUCAUAUGAAAAACUGUAUGAAAAGUUAACUCAAGCAAUCGAAGAAACAUGUGGCUUUGCUGUGGAAUGAGAUGGAAUAAUUAUGUGUGUGACAAAAACUUUCCAAAAUAUCUUCCAAGAAAAGCCUUAUAUUUUAUUUAUUGCUGCCUUUUAGUAGUCAAACUGUGGCACAAAAGGGAUAUGUAUAUAAAAUGCCUAAAUGUGCUUGUGACCAUUGAAAUCUAAUCAGAAAGUGAAAUCUACUCAAAACAUGAAUGAGUAUUAAGCAGUUGCUGUCUAUACUUUUCUUCUCAUUUUUAAUGAGCUGCUUAUUAAUUGAAAAAAGUGCAGAUCUUUUGAGUUGUGAAUAGUUACCUUUGUAAUGAAAAACAGGACUUCAUAUGGUAUACUAUUAAGUCAUCCAUUUUCUUGUUACUUAUUUUUAUAUAAUCUUGUACAAAUUUAGGAAAUUUAUGAAAUUAUUCUUAUGUUUGAUUGAAAUGGGUUAUGAACAUUUUUAAAGGCAAAAUAUGCUUGAAUGUUAUGAAGUUUUACCCUGUAUAAAAACAAUUAAAAGCUUUUUUAAGGUUUUAUUUAUAAUUAAAAUAAAAUAUUGUAAUGUAUUGUUGUUCACUAAAUCGAAUUAAAUGUAUUUAUUUUGAGCUCAAUAUAUGAUUUUAGAUGAAUAAGUAUUUCUAGAAGUAAUUUCUUAAAAAUAUAAAUCAAAAUUUAGCUGUACAUAUUCCUAAUCUAAGCUAUGUGUUUUUACAUUUUAUUUUCAAGAAUUUGUGAUAGAUUACCAAUGCACAAUAGAAUAUUUCUAUUUUAAUUAUUAAUCUUGUUUAAAUUAAUUUUUCAUUAUCACUUUUAAAUGAAAAUAUUUUUUAGAUUGAUAAUUUAAACAGUUUGUUAAUAAGAAUGUGUAUAUUUUUUAAAACCCAUUAAUUUAAUCUUUCCUUUUUAAAGACUGUUCUAAUUUGUGGAUUUUAGAAAUUUUUAGAGGCUUUCUUUUUAAAUUUUUUAUUAAGCUACUGUUUAAAAAAAACAUAAGGAGCUUGUGCUUCCUCCCUGUCUUCUUUUUUUAAUCAUUUUGUUUUUUGGUUUGCCAAAAAUUGUAGUAGUAGUCUUGUGUUAACUACUUUUGUAAUCUUUCUAUUUUUCUUGUAUAUAUAAUUUGCUUUUCCCAAAUAAUUAAUAGUUACCUUCAUAAAUAUUAAAUCACUGACCACUAAAGUCAUUCUCUUUUACUUUUUGACUUUUACAUUACUCUUAUAUUUCUGUUUUUGAAAUUACAAAAAUAAUCUUUAUCUGUAGAUACAAAACUUCCUUGUCUCUGCAAUGUUUUUAUUUAUUGAAAUUUGAGAUUCCUUUAAAAUGUGAGUAGGUUUAAUUUUUAUGAACUGUUAGUAUUUUUAAUUCUGAAGUAUGUAAUUGCUUGCUGUUAAUCGUUUAUUGUAAAUUAUUAAGUGAUUCAUAAUUAUCAUUUCUCCCCUUUGAAUUUUACCCUCUUUUUUGGAGCUUAGUCAUAGCAUGCAAGUAAUAGAUAUCUAGAUAGAAAUUCCACAUUGCAAAAUUAAUUACAUUAUUCACAUAUUUUACUAAGUGUUAUAAAAUUCUGAGGGAUGUAAGCUGCUAUAAUGAUUUACAUGUGAAACAUGGUAAAUAUAUAUUCAUUUCAAAAAUAUUUGUGAAACUUUUUUAGAAUCUUUCUAAUAAACGUACUGCUUUUUGGAAUGUUGAUUUUAAAUCCAUAGCAAAUCAAAAAAAAGGGGGGGGGUUUCUUAAGCAUUUUCAAAUUUAAUUUUUUUUAAAAGUUAUUGAGGGGAAUAAUUUCUUAGUUAAUAAAUAAUAUGAAAAAAAAUGUAACAAUGCUUACAUGCAUCUACUUGGUAACAUUUUAAGGUAUUCUAUAUUUAUUUUAAGGUAAAAAAUAGCUUGCAAUAUGUUGUAAUAUAAUUUAACCUCUCACAAAUGAUUAUUGGCUAGACAUUGUACGAAUAUAUCAACUAUGUAUCUUUACUGUGUUUAAAAAAUUAUAUUUAUUCUCGGGCAAACAAGAAGUUUUUAUUUCCUGCUAUUUAUAUAGAAACAUAUUUUUGACUGUCUAUUGAACUUUAUCUUUUAUAAAUUUUUUGAGUAUCAAGUGUAAUUCUGUUACUAGUAUAUUCACUUUUCGUAAUUUUGUUAUGCUGGUUCUCUUCAACUUCAUAUUACUGAAGCAGUUACUCAAGCAAUAUUGCUUCAUAUUGUUUGAUUUCAAAUUAUAACAUGUAGGAAAGGAAAAAAGGACCAUUUUAAUUGAUGUAUUAGCAUUUGUUUUUAAAACAAUCUUUUUACAAUUUUUCUCAUAAAUAAAUGCAGUUCAUGUUCUGAAAUAGAACCAUGUAAUAAUUUAUCUAGUGAUGUUAUAAUCUUCUCGUGGAGAUAAUCAUCUAGUUUUGUAUGAGUAUUGUUAAACAUAGUAUUUAUCUACUUUUUCUUUACUUGUAUAUCAUAAAAAUACCAAUUGACUUUUUACUGUAUAAAAAUAAAUAGCCUGUUGUAAAAUCUGCCUGAACUGCAUUUUUUCCCCAUAAAUGAACAGAUACUCAUUUUAAAAGAUUUUAUAUAUAUUCUAUUAUUAUGAAUUAUUUUUAACCAUAAGUAUGUUAUUGUAGCACUAUAUUAACAAUUAUGCUGUUCAUUGUGUUAGUAGUUUCUAAUCUUAAAAUAUGUUUCUAUGUUGGAGUAUGUAUAUUAAUGAAUAUAUUGUUUAUAACAUGUACUUCGUUUAAAACCUAAGAAAACAUUUUUGGUUAUUGAAGGCAUUGUAGCUCACCGAAUCUCCCAAUUUUUAAUUUUUUAGCCUUUAAUAAGGAAACAUUUUGUUAGCUAUAAAUGAAAUUUAUUGAAUUAAUGGAACUGAAAUUGUGCAAAUUGCAUUCCCUCACCUGUUGUGAUUUUCAACAUUAUUUUUCUUUUAAAAUUUUAUUUGAUCUGAAUUGUUGAUUUUUGUAGAACUUUUUAUUACGAUUCAAGGAAUGCUUAAUCAAUAAUAUUUGUAUUUAAUUUUGUUUUAUAUCAAUAAAUGAUGUUACUAAUUUUACUCACACAAA